GGUUCUAUGACUGGAAAUAAGUCCCUCUUUGCUGACAUUAUCGAAGUAACUGCCGGUGUCCCACUCUUUAAGACGUGUUGUUCGUGUAACUGUCUGUGAGGGUCAGUAUCCCGUCUGAAGUGGUUCGGACUUUGUCGGGAAUCCGGUUCGUAAACAGACCUUUGACCGCCAGCUGCCCACGCACAGAGAGCACUGUUGGACCGAAAAGACAAAUUAGAGUUUACGCAGAAAACAAGAUGUCGGCAAAGAGAGAUUUGUUUCCAGAGAUUGAACCAUUUGAUUCCGGAAAACUCAGGGUUUCGGAAAUCCACGAGAUCUACUACGAACAAAGCGGAAACAGUGAAGGAAACCCAGUGAUAUUUAUACAUGGAGGACCUGGAGGGGGUACCUCUGGCAGAGACAGAAGGUAUUUCGACCCUGAGGCUUACAGAAUUAUUCUAUUUGACCAGAGAGGAGCUGGAAAGUCUACACCUGCUGCGGAAUUGAGAGAAAACACAACUUGGGACCUGGUAGAGGAUAUAGAACGUCUGAGAAAACACCUGGGGAUCGACAAGUGGGUGGUGUUUGGAGGGAGCUGGGGGUCUACACUAAGUCUUGUGUAUGCGGAGACACAUCCAGAUUUUGUGAAGGCCCUUGUACUUAGAGGAAUAUUCAACUUACGCAGACGAGAAUUACUGUGGUUUUACCAGGAUGGGGCUAACCAUUUAUUUCCUGAUCAGUGGGAGGACUAUCUAGCCCCGAUACCCGAGGGAGAAAGGGGAGACUUGAUGAGUGCCUACUACAGACAUCUGACCAGUGAUGAUGAGGAAAAGCGAGUGAAGGCAGCAAAGGCAUGGAGCAAAUGGGAAAUGGCAACAUCCCGCUUACAGGUUGACGAGGACUUGUUAAAGAGGGCGGACGGAGAUAUCUGGGCACAGCAAUUUGCCAGGAUCGAGAGUCACUUCUUCGUACAUGGAGGAUGGUUUAAUCCAGAUGACCAAAUUUUACAAGAUGUAGGGAAGAUUCGACAUAUUCCAGCGACCAUUAUUCAAGGACGUUAUGAUGUAGUUUGUCCUAUGGAAACAGCAUGGCUUCUUCAUAAGAAAUGGCCAGAGGCCGAAUUUCAUGUAAUACCUGAUGCUGGUCAUUCUACAAAGGAAGUCGGCAUACUUAACCAGCUGAUAGAGGCCACGGAUAAAUACAAAACCCUGUGAUCAAACCAAUGACUGGUAUAAGCCCUCAGGAAUAAGUUCUUUGAUAAAUUUGUUCUUUAUUGAGGACACGGACAGUUAAUACAUGUAUAUAUAUAUAUAUACACAAAAAAAAUUUGAUCAAACUGGUGAUUGGAAUCAAAUAUACUCAUCUUUACUGAGAACAAAUAGUGCUUGAUUAGUUGAACAUUAUAUAUUUUUAUUUUAUUUUUUGUAUAUAUUCCCAACCACGUCAUUUUGUGAUAAUGGUUGUUAUGUGCCAUGUUACCUUCGUUACAACACCGUUUAUUAAUGACCAAUCUUUAACUGUGUGUAACAUUUUUUGGUAAAGUUGGUAGAUUUUUUAGCUCUCGCUUGAUCACCAGACCCACUCAGCCAUAGACGUUUCUUCUUGAUAUUUGUAGGUACUUACUAUCUUUAUCUUCAAAUGUAUGCUUAUGUUUUUAACGAUUUGUUGAUUUGUUAUAUCAAAUAUACGUAAAAUAUAUGGAGUUUUGGGGAAAUGUUUUUGUAACAUAGAAAUAAGGUACUACCUGCAUUCUAUGGGAUAACGACUAGAUAAUUGAGAGAAAUUGACUAGCCAAAUUAAUUAACGCCUCUGAUAAACUGACGAUUAGACUCGAACCAACAUUUUCUGAUGUACAAGAUAUCAACACAACGACAAUAAAAGUUUUGAUAAAUUUCC